AUGCUUUGCCAAGCGCUUAUUGACCAACUCACGGGCGCCGGAGAAGCUAGUCUGCAGGGUAUGAUAAACACGCUGACAAGCCAGACAUACUCCCUACCUGGUUCUGAGAACGACUUGGAGUUCAAAGGUGUUGCUCAGAGCGGCAGCGAAAUACUCUUGAAUCUGAGCCAGCAGGCAGACCAGAGAGCCUACAGCGUUCAGGGCUUGGCAGCCCUUAUCGCCUCGCAAGGAAGCAAGAUCCAGGCUACGAAACAAGGGAUUGAUGCCGUCGUGGAGAAGUUUGGAUUGUAUGAUGGCGACAAUUAUAUCGGUACACUUGAUGAGACAUUUUCGAUGAUUCAAACAGUUCUCAACAAUAGCGUUGAGGCAGCUCAGGCUGCCAAGGAUAAUUGGAACCGUAAUAUGAUGGAAACCAACACUUCUGCUUCUUAUAUCUGGAUCCCCGUUGCUGGCUGGAUCUCCGGAUCGAACGCCAUCAUUGCGAAACAGAAUGAUGUCAGAAUGGCAUGGGCUGAGUACGAAGCACACAUCGCCAAGAAGAGCACUGAUACAAACAAGACAGCUUAUGCGCUCGUUGGUGCAGUGAAUCUGCUAUCCAUGCAGAAUAGGCUCAUCUGCGAUAGCCUGCAGAGCGUCGGCGUGGCCUUGCAAGAGAUUCAGUCAACCUUUGCGGCGAUUGGCAAUAACCUGGGCCAAGCUGCUACUCUGAUGGCGGCUGCGGAUGCAUCUGUUAGAAUUUCUUUGAUUGCGAAUCAACAAGCUAUUCAAGCGGGAAUCAUCAAGGCUGCGAAGGAAAUCCAGGAUACUUUGUCUGCGGUCAAAGCGCUUGUCACAAUUGAUUCGAAUAUUCAGACGACUGGGAUCACUGCGGACAUAGCCGCGCCCAGCAUCUUUUCAGAAAAUCCCAAUUAA